ACGUUUGGUCGCUUUAAAAAAAGAGAAAGAAAAAUAACUUGAAACUUUGUGUUGUUUUUUUUAAUUUUUUUUUUUAAAUCUUUGGAAUAUAUUGUUUCUCGUCUUGUGAGAUGUUAUUCGUGUCAGAAGGUGUGAGAUGAUGUGAGUUCUGACUGAGGAUUAUUACAUUCAUAAUGAGUGCGAAGUACAUGGUGGUCUCACUACUGCUGGCACUCACAAUCUAUCCUGCUGUGAAACUAAGCCUUGGUGCUGCACUGAGAGACAGAACAGCCCGACAUGUCCUUUGCCAAGAGAACUUGGAAUAUCCACAUGAAUCCCACUGCUGUUUGAACUGCCCUGCUGGGCAAUUUGUCAAGGAGGCUUGCACUAAGCCUUUGACCCGGGGAACUUGUGCAGCAUGCCCGUAUGAUACGUACACAGAGCAUGAUAACGGCCUGAUGCAGUGCCUUCAAUGUACAAAAUGCCGGACAGAUGAGGAGGUGACCAGACAGUGCAGCAACACUCAGAACUCUCAGUGCCAAUGCAAAUCAGGGUCCUUCUGUUCUCCUGACCAGGCCUGUGAGUUUUGUAAAAAGUGCUCCAGAUGUAAACCAGAUGAGGAGACGGUCAAGAACUGUACCUCUACGUCCAAUACUGUCUGUAAAAAGAAGAUAGCCACUUCUGCCACUGUGCUAGGUAGCAGUCGUUCAGUGACUGUUGGCGUAAUUAUCCCGGUCAUCGUUGCUGUCGGGGUUGUCCUUCUUAUUUAUUUGAAGAAGAAAUUAUCUUUCAGUAACUUCACAGUGGUUUCAUGCAAAUCAAGUGAAGUUGUAAAAGUGAACAUGGAUGACAAAAAUAACACAACACUGGAGGAAGAAGAAAGACAGAGUGCUGGCCCAUUGGAGCCACAGCAGGAAAGAGAGCCCUUCUUGAAAGAGUCCCCGCCGGUGGGUGCCAACGAUGAUGGGCUGGGUAGCAGCAUCACCAGUUCCUCCCAAACCAGUCUAACCUCACAGCACACUCCCCCUUGCUGCUGCAGAUCCCCUCACCCCAACCCAGUGGCCCUGAGACAGCCUACUGUUAGGGUGCAUUCCCAGAGAAGGCGACUUAUUCCUUUAAAUGGGCAAGAGUCACUGAAAAAAAGCUUUGACCUUUUUGAAGAACUGGACAUUAACUACCAUAACAGAUUUUUCAGACGAAUUGGAUUGAAAGACAACGAAAUUCAAGGUGCGGAUAACCAGUCUCCUGCUGAUAAAAUGUAUGAACUCCUUCGACUCUGGAUGGAAAAAGAGGGGUCGAAAGCUGAUAUCAAUGACCUUCUUGAAGUAUUGUUUAGCUUAGAUCAAAAACUAUCAGCUGAAACUAUUAUUCACAAAGCCAUUACAAAUUGUGACUUUGUGUAUGAAGAUGUAAAAACAGAUUGUGUUGCUGCUGAUAUUGUGACACAUCAUGGAAUAAACGAAAAGCCCUGCUAAGGGUUUUUUUUUUUUUCCUCUUUUUUGCCCUUAAGAGUUGGUACCCUAAAAAGGUGAACAUGUGCCCUUGGUACUGCUUAUAUUGAUUGAUUUACUUGAUGUGGUUUAUCGACUUCAACAUGAAACUAUUGUCUAGUUUUACAGUUAUUUUUUUCUGUAAUAUUGCUUUUAGUUCUCAAGACAAAAUGCUAAAACAAUCUUGCAGUCCUAAAUGUUUAACCUUUUGUAAAUUGUCUUAAGUCUGAGAUUUUCCAGGAUUGUAUCAAAAGAUUAUUUGGCACAGUAAAAUACUAAUUUAAAUUGUUCCACAGGGUGUGAAAACCAAUUACCCAGUGGUCUUCCUCCAUGCAUAUUAAGCAAAUAGUACUCAAACUUUGGAAGAGACACAGGGUUUUGUGGCAUAAGGUAGUGUAUUUAUCGAUCAUGUCUGCUACGGAAACACUAAGUCUGUGCCUUGGACACUUCUGGUUUAACUACCGUUGUUUUUGUUUGCCACUCAGCUUGCAACGGAUUGUUUUGAAUGAACUAAGAAACAGUAGCAAAAUUAAAAGAACUUUAAUGAUUUUUCCUAAAAUUAAACCACCUUAAACUCAAAUGGUACAAUCUGACACUGAAAAUAUACUGUUACUACUCUUAUUUCAAUAAAUUACCCUAUUUUGUAGUAGUAGUAGUAGUUUCGGGUGAAGAGCACCACCAAGUGGUAAAGGCGUUUUAUCGCUUUACUUCAUUGAACUAAACCAAAGCUUGGCAAAAACAAUGGAAGGCCAAAUAGAUUUAAAAAUCCAGCUGACCAUUGCUUUUGUCAAUUUUUUGCCACACAAAUAUUCAACAUACUGCAUUGUUUAGUGUAAUAAAAUAUUUUACAUGCUUACUUGCCAUAUUUUUGUGAAAUGAUAGCACUGGGUUCUUAAAUGGCCUAACUGAUGAGAGGUUUAAAAAGAAAAGGAUUCACAUUUUCAAAUGUAAGGUAAAAUAAGUAUUAUAGUACUGUCAGAUACUUAUGUGGAAGGCAGAGAAACAUUUCCCAUGUAUAUUUGUGGAAGACUGGCAUGGUUGCAUUUUCUUCAAUCUCUGAAGCAUAAGACAUCUUUGUCAGUUCCAUUCAACUUCAGGUUAUUUGUAACAAAAUGCUGUGUUUUUGUUUAUGUAUAU